UAACGGGAGGAGGCGCAGCUCCUCUGGGUGGAGUGAAGCUCUCCGAAGUUCAACUCACAAAUUAGCGCCGAAGGCUCCGCUGCGCUGUGUCUGAGGAGAGAGAGAGAGAGAGGGAGAGAGAGAGAGAGAGAGAGAGAGAGAGAGAGAGAGAGAGAGAAUAAAGAAAAGACGCGUCAGCUCCGUGCGUGAAAAGAUUCCAACAACCGUGCGCGGACAUGAGCGACGUGAGCGAGGAGGCGCUGCUGGACUACUUCUCCUCGCGAGGAGGGAACUCGGGCAAAGUGAGGAACGCAGACCUCCUGAAGACCUUCAAGCCUUUUAUUGGUCACGGUGACGCGCAGCUGCGUGCUAAAUACAGAGAAGAGUUCAAGCUCAUCAUCGACCGGAUCGCUGUGGUGAAGUCAGAGAAUGGUGAGAAGUUCCUCGUCCUGAAGAAGAAAUACAGGCAGCAGCUGCAGGAGCGCGAUGCCAGACCUCAGGACUCGGACGUGGACGGACAGAGACGUCUGAGUCCGUCCAGGACAGAAGCCACCGCACAGUGGGACUCGCCCAACGCCACCACAGCUUCUCCUUCGCAGCAGCACGGAAGACAGGAUGAGCGCGCGUCACGUGGGGAGGAGCAGCGGACAGGAGGAGUCGCCACACAGCUCCCUCCACCUCCUGUCGUCCACAUCCACGUUCCCUCAGAGCCCAGCAACGGGGAGGAGGAGCUGGACAAGGACUCAGGGUCAAAGUCGGAGUCGGAGCAGGACGAGGAGGGAACCGGCAGCAUGGGCUCCGCCGCCGUCGCUCUCGAUCCUAUAGAGAAGGAGUGGAUCUACUCGGCGGCUGGUGCUCGGGUCCCUGACCUCUCUCAGCUGCUCAGGCAGGACCCCUCGCUGGCAAACAAGAAGGACUUCACCUCUUUUACGGCUCUGCACUGGGCGGCCAAGCACGGCAACGAGGACAUGGCGGCGCUCGUGGUCAACGCCGGUGCUGAUGUCAACACCAAGUCAGUGAGUGGUUACACGGCUCUACACAUCGCAGCGUUACACGGCCACCGGCACAUUCUGGACCUGCUCACACGCAGAUAUGGCGCUAAAGAGAACUUGAGGGAUUACAGCGGCCACCUAGCAUUCCACUACCUGAACGUCAAAGAGCCGGAGGGUCCAGAGGAGGAGGUCGAGCUGCCAGAGCUUCACGUCACGCAGGCCAGGGAGCGGAACAGGAACAGGAAGCUGGUGACGCUGUUCCACUCCAAGAAGAAGUGGGGCUCGGCCGAGGAGCUGGCGCCGAUCGAGGAGGAGAGGACGGCGUCGCAUCAGCUCGUCCCGCCGCCGUUCAGACCCCGGAAGUUCUCACGCUGAGGAGAAACUCCCGCUUCUGCCUCGGACAUUCUGGCUUUUACGUUCAUAUUCACACGUAACGUAAACCCCCCCCCCCAACACACACACACAUUUACCAUGAAGUAUUAAUACUGGGUGUGUAUAUUUAGUAUGUACACACACACACAGAUACUCACACACUCGCUGAUGCACCUAAAAGCUCGGACUGAUCACCGAAGCUUUAACUCUGAAUUAAGAAUCGUGAUGGUGCGCCUUUAAAAGCCUUUCAAAGUUUUAUUAAAGCCUUUAAACUUUACUUCCUGUUUCUAAAUGUUACUCAUGCCUUAAAAUGUCCAAUGAGCUCAGGCUACAGUGAUUCUUUAAACUUCCUUCACGCUUGUUUGUACUGAGGUUCUGGUGAUGAACUUCAGGAUGAAGCUGGUUUUAUUCUCCAUUUUAAAAUGAGUCAUUUCAUUCGCUAAAGAUUUGAUGUUGUUGUUAUUUACAGCAGCAGGUGAGAGAAUGAGGGACAAAACAAAACCACAGCUCGAAGCUUCAGCUAAAAUAUUUUAACCAUCACAUUUUGACAUAUGAGAUGUUUUGUUUAUCAGCCACAAUAUUUCAACCAUCAAACGCCGACUUACCUACAAACUACGAGUCUAUGAAACGAUGUGGAAAUCAACACAAGUCAAGACAAACAAAGGUUUUAUUCACACCGUCGAGAAGAAGUACUACAUUACCCACAAUCCUCAGGUGUAUGAGCAAUGUCUCUGAUUGGUGAAUUUGGCUGUUAACACGGAAAUCUUUUACCACAACCGAGAGAAUCCUGUCUGCUAGGAUCAGGUGGAUUCGGCUCCACAGCCCAGAACCACCAGGACUUCUCUGAAGCAGGGAUCAGUUGCAAUGCUUCAUGGGAUAUGUAGUUCCUUAUAAAUAAUUACGUACACAGUAGUUGCCUUUUUUAUUUUUUUUUUGCAUUUUCAAUAUUAUUUUGCAGCAAAUCAAAUGUAUCACGGUCACAAUUCUUCUCAUUUCUGCUUCCAGACUCUUUAUGAGGAUUUUCUUAAAUGUCCUUGGUGAAGAUGAAGAGAAUUGUGUUUGAAGGGCUUUUGUACUGUUCAUCAUUUCCAUUUGUUGUGAUAAUUGUGUAUUGUAAUCCAAAAGGACCAGCCGCAGUUUCAUUAUUUGCACAAUAUUUAUACAAUGAAGAUAUUUUGGUAUAAAACUGUAUUUUAUAUCAAA